CAAACAAGACGUGAUCGUCUAAUCUCAGGGCAGCAGGGCAGCUAUAAGGAGGGAGCCCAUAGUGACAUCAGCUUUUGCUCACCAACCUGACAACAGGAUGAGACUCCUAGUGUUGGCUGCUCUGCUCACAGUGGGCGCUGGCCAGGCCGGCCUCAACUCGAGGGCGUUAUGGCAGUUCAACGGCGUGAUUAAGUGCAAGAUCCCCAGCAGUGAACCACUGCUGGAUUUCAACAACUACGGCUGCUACUGUGGCCUGGGCGGAUCAGGGACCCCUGUGGAUGAUCUGGACAGGUGCUGCCAGACACACGACAACUGCUACAAACAAGCCAAGAAACUGGACAACUGUAAAGUCCUUGUGGACAAUCCCUACACCAACAGCUACUCAUACUCAUGUUCUAACAACGAGGUCACCUGCAGCAGCGAAAACAAUGCCUGUGAGAAUUUCAUCUGCAACUGUGACCGCAAUGCCGCCAUCUGCUUCUCAAAGGCGCCAUACAACAAGGAGCACAAGAACCUGGACAAGAAGAACUGCUAGAUCUGAGUAUCUUCCCAGGAAAUUAGGAUUCCCUUUGGGGCCCAUGGCUUUGACCUUAUACCAUGUCCUCCAAUAAAGCACCUAUUGAAAGGC